ACCCCAACGACGUCUAAACUCUUUCAUUUAGCUCCCUGAUUCGGCCUUCGUAUUGGUCCUCGCCCAUUUUUGCUGCAAUUGUUCGAUGUAAUUUUUGAUAAUGCAUAUCAGGUCCAUUUCCGCAUAUGAUUGAACAGGCUCAGUUUAGUGUUCUCCAAUUUCAACAGCCAUGGUGCGAUGUCAAUUCCACUGAUGCGGGGAUAUAUAAGAUCAUCUAUCAUGAUGCUCCGGUAGGUUCUCCGACUAUGAUGGAUCCAGAACGCUAAUAUGGCUCUAAAUUUCUUCGCACAUGGUUGUAGUACUUGUGAGUCACUAUAUCGUUUAUUAAUUUCUACAAUUGCACUUGAAAGUCAACCACUCAUGAACUCGAUCAUCACAUUAGUGAAUUGCAAACUUUCUGGUUCUAUUAAAUUGAGUGAUACUUUUCCAAAAAAUAUAGGUCCGUUACUUUUUCCUGAAUUCAAUUCUAACUUUUUUCGCAAUUGUUGAUGGAUACACCGGAUUAGAUAUCUCUUGUAUGUGUAUCAAUCUAACCACGUGUUGUUUGUUCGUAGUCUAAAGAUUAGCUUUGUUGGGAAGGUUUUUCACAGAGGUUUGCGAUUUUCAUGGAGUUUUGGGUUUUCAUGGUUUUAAGUUUGCUAAUUUUCCUAAAUUUUGUUGUAUUAUAUGUUUGACAGAUUUCUUAAACUGAGUAAUACUGGUGGUAUGCUUUGAAAAAUGUUAGCUCCGUUGCUUGUUUCCAAAAUUUCAAACCUUUUUUGUGUAACUGAUGACUGGUUUAUAGGAUAUGAUAUCUGUUGUGUCAAUAUAAAUCUAUGUGCAGGUCUAUUGUUCUUAAUCUAGCUAUUCUGAGGCUAGGCUUUGCUGUGGAAGAUUUGUCCAUGAGUGGAUUUAUGUGUUUUAAGAUCUGCAUGAAGUCAAGAUCGUGACAGGGAUAACCAUCACCCUAGAACACCAUCGGCAAUGUGAAGGUCACCAAUUAAAACAUCCAGGAGUGCGCCCUCAACUUAGUCCUACUCUGUGGCAUAAAAAAAGAAACCAAGAAGAAGACCUACACCAAGCGAAAAAAGGUCAAUCUCGCUGUGUUUCUUUGCCACAGGGUCGAUGAAUCUGGAAGGAAUGCCCCAAUGCCAGGUAUGCUGGAACCUCAUGGCCAACCACUUCGAUUGGCGAUACUGUGUCAAGUGUGGUCUCAGCUAUGUCUACGACACAGGUUAUUAAUUCAAGCAAUUAUCUCUUCAUAAAAACUUUAAUUUUGUUAGGAUUACCACUAUUCGAUUCUUCAAUUAAACAUUUGUCUAUAUUAGUUCAGAAUUAUAUCAAUUAAUAUGUUAUUUACUAUUUUUCUACAUAUUUUCUCUAUAUUUUCGUACAAGCAAAAAAAUGUGGGAGAACGUAUUGCUAUUGGUAUCUAAACAGGUCAUUUGCUUCAAGGAAACAUGUAAACUUUACUUUAUACCUUCAUCUGGUUCAGUGACAUGGCUUUUUAUAUGCUCUAUUGUGUCCACAGACAGUGCUGGUAAAUUUGUUGUGUUCAUUGUGAUAUGGGCAUUUCAUAUUUUGUUAUUUGUUGACUUGGUUGUUCAUUCAGCAAAGAUAGUAUAUAAUAGGGUUCUCCCUAGCAGAAAUUAUGCUGCCAAGGAUAUCAAUUUUGGAAAUGGGACUCGAAUGGCCAUGUUACAAGGUGUUAAUGAGCUUGCAGAAGCUAUGAAGGGCUGUCAUGUUAUCAUUGAGAGAAGCGAGGAAAACCUAAGGUGACAAAGAAUGCUGUCAUUGUAGCCAAAAGUAUUGUAUUUAAUAAUAAGAUAACGAAUGUUGGUGCAGAACUUGUGAAACAGGUUCCCAAUGGCACUAAUUCUGCUGCUGAAGAUGGUGAUGACCAGCUCUACAUAAUACUCUCUUGAAGAAUAAUAUACACUCCCCCUCCCCCUAUUUAGCCUGAUUGACUUUGCACAAAGUUUAUGAAUGCAGAUUUUUUCAAUAUUUAUUUAAAAGUAAAGAGUCAAUAUUAACCUUAUAUUUCUUUCUUUAAAAAGAAACAUGGCUAUUAUUUAGAUACCAAAAUAGAAAUACUGGGAAGAUUAAAGAGGGAUGCAAGUAUAAAUGUUUAUUACUCUAUAUGUUAGAUGGAUUGAUGGUUACAAUAUUUGAUGCCAUAUUACAACAGGUACUACUUGUGCUACUGUGCUGACUCGUGAGAUACACACAGAAGGUUGUAAAGAGCUGGCUGCUGGUGUGAAUGUGAUGGACUUGCACAGUGGGAUUAUUAAGGUUGUAAAGUGGUGGCUGCUUUUGUUAUGAUUAACACUAAAACUAAUAGGGAUACAACAUUGUUGAAGGGUAACACACAAAAAUGAAUUGUCCCACUUGCAAGCUCAUUUGGAGUGGACAAAACCCCUACAAAGAGGCAAUAAACACAUCAAAAAUAGGAAAACAACCAUACACACUACGAAAAAACUAGCCAAAGUAUA